AUGCAUCAACAUAAAGCAUUCCCUUCUCUAUUUGCCUUGAAUCAUCUUCUUGUUUCCUUGGGACUUCUAUGGCUACUGCAGAGAUCGUAUCAGUUCAAACUGCACUCCACGAGGAGAAGAAAACUGCAGAAUCCAUCCAGGUUGAAGAAACUACAACGAAUGAGGAAGCUCGUGCAGAAGAACCUAUUGCUGAAGAACCAAAGGAAGCAGCAUCUGAACAACCUGAAGCUGAAGCCGCGGUUGAAGUUGAAUCCAAGCAGGUGGUCGAAGAGGAGACCAAGGCCGUGACCGAGGAGCCACAAGUUGAGAAAGAAGAAGAAGAAGAGGCUCCUAAGGGAACUUCUGAGCCAGUUGCCGAGGAGACAACCGAGCCAACCGAGACAACCAUUGAAGAACCUACAGAGUCUACCGAAGCUGCACCGGUGGAAAAACCCAAAGAGGAAGUUGGUAAGGAAGAAGAAAAACCAGCGGAAGCUGAAGCUGAGAAGACCGGGUAAUAAGCUUGUAAGAUGGGGGUCGAUUAGCUAAGUAAGAUGGGGGUCGAUUAGCUAAGUUUGCAUGUGGUAGUCAAUUAGUUUCUACGUAGUAGAGUACGGAUGUGAUAGUAUUACGGUUGAUGAGGCUUGGACCGUGGGACUGGGGGAUUGAAAUGACCUAAAUGAUGGCUUGCCAAUUGACUCAACUAUAUGCGUUGCCGUUGGGCACAAGUAGGCAUUUGGGGUUAUUUUUUAUGCUCGAUGCAUGGUUUCUGGGACCCAAGCAUGUUGUUUUAAUUAGUGUCUUUGAUGCCUGAAAUAAU